AUGUUUACAAGGGGUGAAGCGAUUGUCUGGAGCAUCCUUUUUAUAGCAGAGGCGUUAGCAAUAGUUGCUGGAAAUCUCUUCUCCAUUUUUAAAUUCGCUGAAACUGGCCAGCUUUACAGACGCAGUUCAUAUCUAUUAAUAAACCUAGCGUCAGCGGACAUUCUCGUUGGCGCAUGCGCUAUACCAAUGCUGGUUUACUUAAUUGGUGGACAGGGACACCUGUGGUCUGCAAACUUUGAGCCAGCGGUAGAAAUUUACGUAGCAAUAGACGUUAUUUCUGGACUUGGGUCAAUUUUAUCCCUUACUUUGGUAUCUACAGAAAGAUUAUUUGCGACUUUAUGGCCUUUCCGUCAUAGGAUCCUAACAACAAAAACCUACAUAGCUGGAAUUUCCUUCGUGUGGUUUGUUGCUUUUGUGACUACCACAGCUAGAAUGAUAAUGCGUCACUUUUUACCUUCAGUCAGAAUACUUUUCUACAGUUCCAUUAUUAUCCUCACAAUUUGUUGCAUUGUAAUAUUUGUCUCGAAUGUGGUUAUCUGGAUUCAGGUGGGUAAGAGAAAACUGUUUUCUCACUAUCGUAAUGCCGCUUACCAAGAAAGACAACUCACAAUUACUUUGCUAAUAGUAAUGCUGAUUUCUUUAUCUGCAUGGCUUCCUUUUACGAUUUUAAACGUCGUGAACAGAUUUCAUCCUUUUUCGUUGAGUCCUAACCUCAUUUACUGCGCCAAGCUUCUCCAGUAUGGGAACUCGUGCGCAAAUGUUUUUAUUUACUCCGUGAGGAUCUCAGAAUUUCGUAAAACCUUUGAGAGGAUCUGCUAUUCUAUGCGUGUUGAUAACCCGGAUGCGGCUCUGCUUCAAACCCAAGUAGCCCGACUGUCCAGGGAGACCACUGUACUAGAAAUGGGGACUCUGCCAUCAAAACUUUUCAGC